GUCCAGAACACUAACAGACUUUCUACGCUAAUGAGGUGUUCAUUUAAGGUGUAUUUUUUGCCCCAGACACCUAAAAACGAGUAAAUAACCAUGAAAGUCUUUACCUCUCUGCUGGUCUUUCAAAAAUUGCCCUCUCGGAAAGGCAGAGACAAAUACAGCAUUCAAUGUUUAGAGUGUUUUGGUAAAAACCUCUAUAUUGGGACCAGAGAGGGAGUUGUCGAGUAUCUUACUGUAAACAGUGUGAGUGGUGAAAAAAGCCUUGCAGUCCGGGAGGUGGGGAACAGACAGAUGGGCCGAAGUGGUGCCAUCGGCCAGCUGACGGCAAUCCCUGUUCUGAAUCAUCUUCUAGUACUGUGGGAUGGUUCGGUCACAGUGCUUAACAUGUUCUCCUUGGAACCCAUUCCUGCCCUGAAGAAAAUCCAGAAUGUGUCACUCUUUUAUGUAAAUGAAUCAGUGGUUCAGACUCAGUCUGUUUCUGUGGAGCUCUUUGUAGCUUCCACCAAGAGGAAAACAGUAAGCAUUUACAAGGUGUGUGUGGACAGAUGGGAAUGUGUGAGACAGGUGGCUUUGCCGCAGGAACCCGUGGCUUUAACCGUGCAUGAGACGUGUCUGUGUGUAGCGACUUGUGACAGAUACUUUCUCCAUGAUUAUGAGAGCCAAACCACGCUUGAUCUUUUCCCACAUAACCUGGGAAAGCAAAGUAUAAUUGCCAACAAAUGUGGAAAAGGAGAGUUUCUUUUAAAUGGACCCGGAUGUUUGGGCAUGUUUGUGAUGAAGAAUGGAACUUCUCAGCUUCCUCCUGUGCAGUGGCCUGAGGGGGUGGUGGGUGCUGCAGUUUAUUUCCCAUAUGUGCUCACGCUACAGAAUCACACUGUCCAUAUCUACAGCAUACUGGACCAGCAACUGAAGCAAACUGUCCCCAUUGGAAGCGCCAAAUCUCUCAUUUCAACAGAAGCAAGUGUUUUUGUUGUUGCUGAAAAAGAGAUUUAUCAGCUGUCACCUGUUCCCAUGGAGGAUCAGAUUCAUGAGCUGGUAAGCAGAGAGAGAGUUGAUGAAGCCCUGACAUUGCUGGAUAGAGUUCAAGAUCUCCUGCCAAAGGAGUCGUAUAAGGAUUUGCAUAAAAAUGUCAUCUGUACAUCUGGAAUGAUCAAAUUCUACAGGGAAGCUUUUGUGGAUGCAAAAGAGCUUUUCAUUAAAGGUGAACUGGACCCAAGGGAAAUUAUUAGCCUUUAUCCAGCUAUGUUUGCCAUGAGUGACGAUUUCACACCUCAGACAACAGCAGUCAGCAAUGCCAAGGAUCUUUGGUCCUUAAGUCGACACGACUGGCCAACAUUUCGGCAAUACCUAAGCUUCUUGGAUGAGUUCUUGAGAGAAGUCAGGCCAACAACACAGGGCCAAAUCUGUUCUGAGGAGAUCGACUCAGCGCUUUUUAAGCUCUAUUUGGAACAAGGAGAAUAUGGGAAACUGGACCAGUUUGUGUCAUCUCAGAAUAACUGCAACCUCCAGAUUUGCGUGCCUGACUUGGAGAAACACAAAAGGUUUUUCACACUUGGAUUGCUCUAUCAAGGCCAAGGCCAGCAUUUCAAUGCAAUUCAGACAUGGGUUAAAAUUGUGGAGGACCAGAGUAAUGAACCGUCACACAUCAGUGUAUUCCAACAUAUAGUUAAUACUCUCUCCCAUCUGGAACACAAACCUAUCAUCUGGAAAUUUGUAGACUGGGUGUUUCAGAGAGACCAAGAGGCUGGAAUACUCAUCUUUACUAAGAGGCAUGGAAGAGACCGAAACACAUUUGCACCAGAGGAAGUGCUUACUGUCCUUGCCAACUACCCAGUUGCCACGACUCUUUACUUGGAAUAUUUAGUCAAUGACUUAAACAGCAAGGAAGAGAAGCACCACACUCUGCUUAUCACAGCAUAUGUCAAAAAGAUACUGCAGUCAACUAAGGGUGCUGCGAACAAUUAUACAAGCGAGGAUGAGAUAAGACAUAAACUACAGAAACUACUUUGGCAAUCUUCUGUCUACAGUGCUGGUGCCAUAUAUGACCAAAUAAUGUCCUCAUUUCUUCAUGUGGAGAAAGCAAUCUUACUUGGGAAAUCCAGUAAACACAAAAAGGCCCUGCAGAUAUUGGUGAAUGAUGAAAAAGACCAACAAGCUGCAGAAAGCUACUGUUGGAGGACCUCUGCUGGACAAGACAGGAAGUUCACACAGAGAAUAUUUCUCAUCCUGCUUCAAAUUUACCUCGAGUCCACACAGCAUGUGAUCGCAGCAGUGGACUUGUUAAAUAAAAAUGCAUUUGCUUUUGACGUAGUGAGUGUGCUGAGGGUGCUGCCAAGCUCCUGGUCUCUGCAGUUGGUGCUGCGGUUCCUGUGUGAAUCACUGAGGGGAACAGUGCAUGACAAAAGAAUGAGAGGUCUUGAGAUGAGCCUAGCCAAGGUGGAAAACCUAAGAAACAAGCAUGCCUGGAUGGAAGCAACACAUGAAGAAAUCAAAGUUGACCGAGGAUGUAUUUGCCAUAGCUGCCAGAAACCUCUUACAGGCCCUCAGUUCCUGCGCAGGCCAACAGGAGAGCUGACACACAUAUACUGUCAUGCUGGAGAGAGCAGUCACUGAACAACCGAGACACCAUUAUUCACAUCUAUUGGCUUGGCAGACAUUUACACUACAUUUAGGCACUUAGCAGAUGUCUGUAGUUGUUUACAAUAAAGACAGUAAUUUCUAGGACAGUAAGUCAGGUUGCUGAGGAUUUAUGUUAUACAGUCAGCUAGGCCACAAACACCAAAAAAGAAACCCACAGCAGUUGCACAUAGGCCAAUAUUGAACUUCAGCUAAACUAAAAGAUGGCUUGGAUGCUACAGUACAAUCAGUUGUUUCAGAUAAGUCUCUAGACAACUAAAGACUAUGUGCACAGUUCAUUUAUAGUGCAGAUGUGGAGGAGAUUUGGUGACUGAUGAAAACAUAUCCAGGUCUCAUUUCACCCCUAAUUCAAAAGCCAAAAUGUAAAAAACAAAAAUAUUUUGCAUAAAGAAAGUGAAGCCUAAUUGAAACAUCAUUAAUAGUUUUGGUAUUUUGGGAUGAUAGAUGACCUGAAAGUGUUCUUUACAGGCUUUGUGAGAUUUAACCAAGUGUUUUUUAUUUUUAUUUUACAAAAGGUAUACUUUGUACUUCCUCUGCAAAUAGCAAAUCGUAGACAUUCCAAUACAAAUAAUAAACUAUUCUUUUCAACUGUACAUUCAUUCAUGCUUCAUAUAGAUUCACCGAGCUGUAAAAUUGAUUUAUAGUUGUUAGGCUGAAAUGUUAAAUGACCUUUGUAUCCUAUAUCCCUCCACAUACACAUUUUCACAUCGGUGCCAGAAAACAAACUGUAUUCUAAACAGCUCAACAUCUCUUUUACACCCACUGGACUAGGGUUGGCCCUGUGCUGUCUGAUUUAGCCCAAGCAUGGUGUGGAACUGGCAGCCUGACAAACACAGGGCUGUACACCACUUCAGGACAUAGUGCUCUCCAGACAAGCAACCUUAUGUCGAUAUAUUCGCAGACCAGUCUGUUUAGUUUAUGGACAUGAAAAAAUAAAUGACAAAAUACCUCCAAAAUUGUAUGCAGGUGAAUCAUAAUAAAGUAAACGGACUGAUAUGUCAGAGUCAAUCACUGUUGCAUUGAGCCAUGUUGAACUGCAGGAAGUCUUCGGCCUCACUUCCUGUUUUGAAUAAAUCUGACAUCACUCUUCUUUACCUUUUGUACUGGCAUGGUUUCUUAUAAUGGCAUGUUUACAAAUAAAGAGACAUGGCUUUUGAAAGCUCUCAAUGAGCUUUAACACAGAUUGCUGUGCCAGACAUACACUGUUUAUUUUAAUAAAAAAUUAGCCAGUGGGAUGGAUUUUGAAAGCAUCUGGUGUGUGUAUUGUUAUAUUAUACAU